AGCGGAAUUUUUUUUUUUUUUUCCCUGUGCUCGUUGAUUUCCCCUCCCCCUCAGCACCGAAGGAGAGAUCUGAUUGACAUGCCUAUUCUCCUCCUCCUCCUCCUCCCCACCACCGCAUCGCUAGAGAGUGAGCGGCGGGAGUGAAAUCGCCACCGCGCGCCGCCGCCGCCGUCCGCCGUCCGCCAUCCGCCGUCGGCAUCCGCAUCCGCGCCGCCGCCGUAGCAGCAGCAGCAGCAGCAGCUCCGCCUCCUACUCCGCCGUUGCGAUCGAGCAAUGGACGAGGAAUCCCCGCGCGAUUGAUGCGGAAAAGCUCGGAUAGUUCCCGGAUCGAUUCGCCCCGCGCAUUCAUUCCCACGCUCGCCGGCGUCGCGACCUUGGUGGUUGGCCUUUUCCCCCCUUUUGUCCGUUGCUCCGAUUGGAUUGUGAAUUGAGUGGGGUUCGGGUUCGGAGUUCGGGUUUUCUGCUCGGCGGAGAUAGAUGAACGGGGGUGGCGAGGAUGAGGUCGCUCCGUCGGCGGAGUCGCCGCAUGCCCUCGACUGGAAAUUCGCGCAGGUCUUCGGGGAGCGCACAGCCGGCGAGGAGGUUCAGGAAGUUGACAUAAUUUCUGCUAUUGAGUUCGAUAGAACUGGGGACUACCUUGCUACUGGAGAUCGUGGGGGUCGAGUUGUUUUAUUUGAAAGAACUGACAAUAGGGAUCAUGGAGGGCACAGAAGAGAUCUUGAAAGGACUGAUUAUCAACUGAGUAAGCAUCCCGAGUUCCGCUAUAAAACAGAGUUUCAAAGCCAUGAACCUGAGUUUGAUUACCUCAAAAGCUUGGAAAUUGAGGAGAAAAUUAACAAGAUUAGAUGGUGCCAGACGGCAAAUGGCGCCUUGUUUCUUCUCUCUACAAAUGACAAGACAAUUAAAUAUUGGAAGGUCCAAGAGAAAAAGGUGAAAAAAGUGUGCAGCAUGAAUUUAGACCCUUCAAAAGCCAUGGGAAAUGGUCCAGUUGUUUCUCCAAGCAUGUCGAUCUCCCCCAAAUCUCAUAUGGCUAAUGGACGAUGUGGCGAAAAGUCCUUUGGGUGUUCAAGCAAUGACUUUUCAAUCCCGUCUGAUGGAGUUCCAUCCCUACAUUUGCCCGUGGUAGUAACCAGUCACGAGACAAGCCUUAUGGCUAGAUGUCGAAGAAUCUAUGCUCAUGCCCACGACUACCAUAUUAACUCGAUAUCCAACAACAGUGAUGGUGAAACUUUCAUAUCAGCUGAUGAUCUGAGAAUCAAUCUCUGGAAUUUGGAGAUCAGCAAUCAAAGUUUUAACAUUGUCGAUGUGAAGCCAGCAAACAUGGAGGAUCUAACUGAGGUGAUAACUUCAGCAGAAUUUCAUCCAACCCACUGUAACACGUUGGCAUAUAGUAGCUCAAGGGGCUCAAUCCGUCUUAUUGAUAUGCGGCAGUCAGCUUUAUGUGAUAGGCAUAGCAAAUUAUUCGAGGUACAGGAAGCAUCUGGGUCAAAGUCCUUCUUCACUGAAAUAAUUGCCUCAGUAUCAGAUAUUAAAUUUGCUAAAGAUGGAAGACACAUACUCAGCCGUGAUUACAUGACUCUCAAGCUCUGGGACAUAAAUAUGGAUUCUGGACCAGUUGCAACUUUCCAGGUGCAUGAACAUUUGAGGCCAAAGCUAUGUGAUUUGUACGAGAAUGAUUCCAUCUUUGACAAAUUCGAGUGCUGUUUAAGUGGAGAUGGGCUCCGAGUGGCGACCGGUUCAUACAGCAAUGUGUUUCGUGUAUUUGGUUGUUCUCAAGACAGUGGUGAAGCAACAAUGCUGGAAGCUACCAAAAACCCAAUGAAGAAACAAGCCCCAGCGCCAUCUAAGCCCUCUAGAUCUCUUGGUCUAACUCGCGUUGUCAGAAGAGGACCAGAAAACUCUGGAGUUGAUGCCAAUGGAAACCCAUAUGAUUUCACAAUGAAACUGCUGCACCUGGCGUGGCAUCCAACCGAAAAUUCGCUAGCAAUUGCGGCUUCAAACAGCCUCUACAUGUACUAUGCGUAGUGGCGGUACGAGAUGAUGAUAGGAAACCUUAGCAUGAAGGAUACAGCAGAUCUUUGCCGAUCGUUCUGUAAGUUCCCUCCGGACAUCGACAACUAACAGCGAUCCAACAAUACGGUCCUACGGUCCGACGGUUACUUCUCAAAGGAACAGACUUUCUGUUUUGCUUUCCCAUUAUAAUUCUUUUGUAAGGUAAAAAAGAGACAAAUUGGUGGCAUUCAUCAGAUCGGAGAUAUGUUUCUCCCGACACCAAGAACAGAGAAGCGAAACAUGGAAGUGAAAUGGUGUGUUACUUUCUCACCCACAUCUGAGGAAGCUGUUUUCUGGUGCAUCGGUUCUAAUCGAUACGCAGGGCAAAAACUCUGUAUAAUUUGUAGUUAGAAGAAGUCCAAAGAUUUGGCAAAUGCUAUGUAAUGUUAAAUUAUAGUUUUCUCCUCCCACUCUAACAAUUCCUUCUUUAUUUAAAAAGAAGCUUGCCUUUUGUGAUCUUCCCUCUUGAAUAAAAGGGACGAUGUGGGCUUUUUGAAGUAGAAAAACCCCACGCAGGUCCUUUUUGUCCAGCACCCGCACAGUAGACUAUCUCUGUAUUUGCGUCCCUUGAAGCUGAGUUUAGCUUUGCCUAUUGUAUUUUGCUGAAUUUGUUUCAUGUUACUGUUAUGGAUGACUGAUUGGGAUACA